GUUUCAUACUUGUCAAACAGGAAAAAACACUUGUCUACACAUACACACAACAUCAAAAUGGCCAUCACUACUGCUAUCAACGACCUUCUCAGCUCCAUCUACGAGCUCCUCGCAUCCGUCUUCGGAACCGUCUACGCAGUCAUCCACUCCGUCAUCGUAGCACUCCUAGGCUUUGUCCGUGGCCUCUUCAACCUCAUCGGCGACGUCGCCUCAGGUCUGGUAGACGUCGCAGGCGGCGUGGGCAAGUUUGUUGCCGGCAAUGCUGCUCUUCUUGCUGUUGGCGCCAUCGCGGCGUUUGCCUAUGUGAGAUACACGGCGCAGGGACAGCGUAUCGCGAACAAGAAGACCCAGUAA